UGCUGGGUGGCUGGCCUCUGCCGCACGCGCCGCACCUUAUAUUUAGCCCCUACACCUCCACAACAGGCGAUCUGAAACAUUCGGCUGUGCCUGCGCCAAGCUAGAAAAGAUUUCAGAACCAACCCAUCCCUUAUUUGCUUUAAACCCACUCUCUUCUAAAUUCGCUUCAAUUCCCAAACAGAUACCACACAUAUACCAAUAUUAUGCUCCUUCCCACAACAACUGAGUUCUGCCCCGCGAGUUUCGUUGAUUCGCUCCGCGCACGUAGCUUCGCAUCGGAUGUGGUGUCUACCGCAGACUCGUUCAAAUCGUGGGACACGUGUAUGGGCAACAAGACCUGCAAGAUCAUUGUGAUUGUUUUAAUCGUGAUCGGUGCGCUUCUCGUUCUCUGGGUCGUGAGCACCCUUCUUCGCUGUCUCUGCUGCGGGGUCGCCUGCCUCGAGGCCUGCUGCUUUUGCUGCUGUCGCCGGACCACCCCGCGCGGGAUGGAGUCCCUGAAUCUGGCCUUCAACAACCCGAACAUGUACCCGACAAUGUAUCAGCCAGCAGCGCAACCAGCGCCCGUAUACUUCUCACAGGAGCCGGCGUACGCACCCGUCAACAAGGUAUCGUAUGGCUACGUACACGACGGGCACGGUUCGGAUGAUGACUAUAAGGAAGGUAUCAUGAUGCAGAGUAUUCCCGCACGCACAAACUCUGGCUACCGUGGUACGGAGCGUGGGGAAGAUCCGUUUAAUAACUCGCACGCGUACAACGCGAAUCCUUAUGAAAGCUAUGACGCUUAUGAUGGGUAUCUGCAACAGCACCAGAGCCAAACUCAAAGACGGGGGGAAAACAGCACCUACUAUUAGGGGAUUAUGACCGAGAGGAGGGUAAAACUGGAUAAACCCGUUGAUGGCGUAUCAAGCGUUCAGAGCCAUUUUAAAGUGCUGCAUGGUUGAAAAAAUGCUAAAGCUCCAGGUCGAGAUAUACAAACCAUAUAUUAUCAUGCGCUUUUGGAGUACUCCAAAUGAAACAUCUAAAAGCCACGUCGCGCUAUGUAACCUCCAAGAUUGACAGUACAGUGAAGGUAUGAGCCAAGUAGGUUUAUUAUGGUGUGAGAUAGAUGAAAUAACAGUAUUAAGGUUGGUUUUUCUAAGCUACUGAUUCAUUGGCUUGGAGCAGCAAAAGUAGCUGGGAGGUAAGUUAGAAUAGCCGUCUUGUGUAGAGAUAUAUGGCGAAUUGGCGUAAAUAAAUUAAAGUCCAU